UUCUCUAUCCCUCAGAUCUUUGACAGCGAGCCCAAAGGGGAGGAGGAGAUAGAAGUGUGCUUAGUGGAUAUCGCCUACGACGAGAUCCCAGAGCGCUACUACAAGGAGUCUGAGGACUUGCGGUACUUUAAAUCAGAGAAGACAGACCGGGGUGUUCUGCAGGAGGGCUGGAUUGACAACCAUGAACCCAUCAUGUGCUCCUACAAACUGGUGACAGUCAAGUUCGAGGUGUGGGGUCUUCAGACACGGGUGGAGCAGUUUGUACACAAGGUUAUCCGUGACGUCCUGCUCCUAGGACACAGACAAGCCUUUGCCUGGGUGGAUGAGUGGAUUGAAAUGACCAUGGACGAGGUGAGAGAGUACGAGCGGGCCACCCAGGAGGCCACCAACCGUAAGAUCGGCCCCUUCCCCCCAUCCAUCUCCAUCACCGAGACCCCCUUGGCCUCAGUGGCCCGCAACGGGCCCUCCAGCGCCCCCUCCACCCCCCUCUCCACGGAGCCUCCAGAGUACCUCUCCGUGCCCAAGGACCGACCCAGGAAGAAGUCAGCCCCAGAGACCUUGACCCUCCCCGACCCAAAUCGCAGGGACUCAGGUUUCAGGCUGGCUAGCAUCUUCUCCUGGGGCUCAACCCCUAGCCCCCAGCCUGAAUGAGAGGGGGACCCAUAGGUGUGGUAUACACCUAUCUACAUUCAGGGAGUGGCCAUUUUGUCCCCUAGACAAUUUAUGUAAAAGGGAGUGUUGUUCACAGACCUCCUGUAACUUGGUGGUGUGGUAAACGCCUCUCCACAGACAGUUGCUGGUAUCACCCUGAAGCCAGCUACUGUCACCAACUAACUGUGUCUUGGUCUGCUUUUGCAGAGAGAGAGUCAGUCUGAUCACCACGCAACACUUGGAGAGGAGUCUCAAGGCACACACAAAAUACAUGUACGUGCAAACACACACUCACGCACAUACACAUACACACACACACACACACACACACACUGAGUGUCUUUUAAAAACCUCUUGAACCUCUCCAUUGGUCCCAUCAAAACACAGCAACCAGCACCAUCUACCAGCCAGAAAGCUCAUGUGGAGGUCAAUUAUAGUCUGAUUUAAUUUAGUUCACAUUCCUCUGAAUACUUUGCUUCUCUUCGGUGUCUCAGUCCUCUUUCAUCUCAGUUGAUACUGUAUCUCAGGGUUUGUUACCUAGAUACACAGAGAUCUGAUAAAUAGACUCUUCAAUCAGCACACUCAAUCUUUCUUCAUAUGGAUAUAAAUGUGUGGGAUGAUCAAACUCAUUUCCUCCUCUCUCCUUGCAGUCAAGCCCUCUUAUUGGUUGGAAAUUGACGCCAUGUCAUUUCAGAUGUAAUUGUGUGUUGGUUGUUAUUCAUGGUUUGUUGUAGGUCGCUGUGUAAAACGGUGGAUUUCAGGAGAGUGUUAUUUUAUCCUGUGUUUUGUAAAUAUGUAUAUUUAAGAGUUAUCUAUUGUAAAAAUGCUGAACUCAUUGAUGUCUUUCAAUGCUAUGGAAUUGCUGUAAUCUCUGCAUUGGAGAGAGAAAAAGAGGUCUGUGUAGACCUCUAAAGUGGAGGCGUUCUCUUUCUGAAUCUGAAUUCUGUUGGUAUAGUUUUGUUGGCCAUGGUGCCCUUUAAAAGACAUAUAGAAAAAUGCAUGGUCUGAAUAUCCAGCUUUUCUUUUAAACUGGGGAGAAAAUGUACCUUUGAAAUGUCUGUCUUCUAUACGCUGUGGGGCUUUUCCUUUGCUUGUUACAGACUACGACAGGACAAAACAUCUGAUCAAUGUUGUGAUUUGGCUUUCAGGGAUGAUUUAAGUCAUGAAUUUGCAAUCAUGUUGUUGUUGUGUUUUAUAGCAAAUCAAUAAAUUAAAUAUUG